AUGCUUUUCUUUACCUGGCUUCAUCUGGUUUUUGGGGCCAUCGGCCUUGCCCUUGUGUCCCCAGGGCGAGCCGGAUUCUCUUCAUCACCCCGUGCCGCGCUCAGAAUCCCCGCGAGCCCGGGUUAUCGUGGUAGGGACGUUGCUUGUCCAACGCGUUGCAGCACUUCGGGAGCUUCGUAUGGCAACUGGUCUGUCUAUCACAACCUGGAGCAGACCAAAUUGUGUGAACACAUCAUUUUCUCCAUGUUCAAUAUCUAUGAUGAUGUCGACGACUCUACGAGAAACCACCGGAUCUAUUCCUGCUCUUCUUAUGGCCCGGAUUGGACCAAUCUACAGGCACAAAACGCCCCGGUUUCCAUUGUUAACAAUACGAACACAACGUAUCAGCUGGGAUGGUGGGCAGACGGUACAUCCCAACCGGCUACCAUCCAGAGUCUUGCACGGGAGAUGGGCAAGUACUUCACCAGCGGACAUGGCCUCACCAACAGUUCCGUGAAUCUCUUCGUCCAAGCUAGCGGCGGCGCUGCCGGUAUCUAUAUUGGCAAGGGCCUGCAGAACGAGGGCAUUGUCAAUUUCGCUCUCGGAUAUCUGCAAAACAACAUCCUAUCCCUCAACGUCCAAAGCGGAAAUGUGGCUAUGCAGCUUUGUGGCCCUGGCUACGAUGCCGACCACACCUUUGGCUUCAUCGCUGCUAGCAAUGGCACCUUUUCUCAGGUCCAGGACGCCAUCCAGUCUUGGUACAAGGGCGACUGUGUCUCCUUUUAUACUUCACAAAACAUCAGUGGUCCUUCCUAUUUCACCACGACCACCGCCAGGUUAAGUAAUGUCACAGGCUCGACAAACUCGACGUCGACUCAUCUAGCCCGCCGUUCAUCCGGUACGUUGCCUAACUUUGCGCCGUCACCCAAGCCUGAUGGAUCAUGUGCUACGUAUACUGUGUCACCUAACGAUUCGUGUUGGGCAAUCACUGCUACCUACAACUUGACCACCGAUGAGUUGGACAAGUACAACAGCGACACCUGGGGCUGGGAAGGUUGCGACAACUUGAUGGCCGGUAUCAUUAUUUGUCUCAGCUCGGGCAGACCGCCGAUGCCAGCGGCCGACAAGAACGCCGUGUGCGGUCCUACCGUGCCUGGGACGGUGGCGCCGACAAAUGGGACGGCCAUUUCCGACCUCAACCCCUGCCCGCUGAAUGCCUGUUGCGAUGUCUGGGGCCAGUGCGGCAUCACAUCUGAAUUCUGCACCAACACGAGCACCGGAGCGCCAGGGACGGCCAAGCCUGGUACGAACGGGUGCAUCUCCAACUGCGGCACCAAAAUCGUCAAGGGUAGUGCGCCAGCCACGUACCGGAACGUCGCUUAUUACGAAGCUUUCAAUUUCGACCGGCCCUGCCUCUACCAGGAUAUUCGGCAAGUAGACUCCUCGUUAACGCACCUGCACUUUUCGUUUGGCACCCUGGACGCGAACAACUACUCCGUUAACAUUGGCAAUGCCCUCAGCGCGUACGAGUUCGAGAACUUGAAGCGCUUGUCAGGGCCUCAGCGGAUCCUGACGUUUGGUGGCUGGGCUUUCUCCACCGAUUCGAGCACGUACAACAUAUUCCGUGAGGGUGUGACCGCCGCCAACCGUGAGACUAUGGCCACGAGCAUUGCCAACUUCAUCCACGACAACAAUCUGGAUGGCGUGGAUAUUGAUUGGGAGUACCCUGGCGCACCGGAUAUUCCUGGCAUUCCGCCCGGCAACCCAGAUGACGGCGCAAACUACUUGGCCUUUUUAGUUAUUUUGAAGAACAAGCUUAGUGGCAAAUCGCUGUCAAUUGCGGCCCCUGCGUCCUACUGGUACUUGAAAGGCUUUCCCAUCGCCGAAAUCAGUAAGGUUGUAGACUACAUUGUAUUCAUGACCUAUGAUCUCCAUGGCCAGUGGGAUUAUGGCAGUGCGUAUUCACAAGAAGGGUGCCCAACGGGAAACUGUCUACGAAGCGACGUAAACUUGACUGAAACGAACACCGCAUUAUCUAUGAUUACAAAAGCCGGUGUACCUUCAAACAAGAUUGUCGUUGGAGUCACAAGCUAUGGCCGCUCUUUUGGCAUGGCCCAAGCCGGCUGCCACACUGAGGGCUGCUUCUUCACUGGAUCUGCAUCUCAAUCGACUGCACAGCCAGGCCCUUGCACGAACACGGCUGGAUACAUCUCGAACGCGGAGAUCAACGAUAUUGUGGGUAACAAGAGCCGAGUCGUGACUUCCUAUGUCGACGAGAAAAGUAACAGCAACAUCCUUGUCUACGACGACACGCAAUGGGUCGCCUACAUGGACGACAACAUCAAGGCUGAACGCGUGCUAUACUACCAGGUUCUAGAAAUGGGCGGUUCCACCCUUUGGGCUUCCGACCUCUCGCAGUACAACAAGGUCCCUUAUCCAAGCAAGAGUUGGGAUCAUUUUAUUAGCCUCGCUGCGAUUGGGGACGACCCAUAUGCGGAAGGCAACCGCACCGGCAACUGGACGACGCUGACCUGCAGCGACCCGUCCGUCGAAGACCUCACGGGAUUGUCGCCAGAGGAGCGGUGGGAUGAGAUGGACUGCCCGAAUGCGUGGACGGACGCCGUCAAUGUCUGGCUGGACAUUGACCAACCUGCCGGAACGCUGAGUUUCACCGCGUCGGUCUCGAACACCAUUCAUGGUCCGGAGGACGCCGACUGCGGGCAGUACGGGGACACCAGCAACUGCGCUGGAACCAAAACCUGCGCGGAGAUUGUGGGUGGCGGCUCUGGCCCGGCUGGAUACGAGAUCUGGAACUCGAUGGUCAUUGUGCAUGAGAUGUACACCACCUACAUCGACGCCUUGCACAAUGCCUUCAGCGACAUCGUAAGCCCGGCGCUCCAAAACAUGGAGAACACCUUCGCGCCGGUCUCUCCUCCUAAGGACAACGAAUGGCUUGGUAUUCUGCUGUCUGUGAUUGGCCUCGUGGGUACUGUGGCCACUUCGGCAUUUUUCAACUCAUUCCUGGCCGCCAUGCCCUUUUUCAAAGCCAACAAAGCACUAUACGACAAUUUGAAAGAUACCGGCAAGGCCCUUGUGUCCUUUGGCACAAGCCUUACUUCUGCCUUGGAUGGAGGAAGCGUGGCAGGCGGCACAUGGACUGCCCCGGACCAGGCUGUGUUCUCCCAAUACCUGGGCCAGGCCAUCUUUGGCUGGGCCAAUGUGACCGAGUUGGCAUUGCAGAAGCUUUUCGAUGGCGACAAGGAUGGGCUCACAACGCUCACCGGCCUUAUCUCAGACGGCAAGCUCAUCGCAGGCGGCGUCAGCGGUAGCGAGGCCGAGCCACCCACGAAAUACAACGCCACGACCUUCGCCACACUAGAGGCGAGCGUCGCCAAGUCGUUUUUCGCCUUUGCCAUCCCAUCUCUCUGGAACGUCUCGAGCACGUACGCAUUUGUCGCCGACUCCGGCGCCUCGUGCGACACCAGUGACCCUCUCUCCACAUACAUGCCCAGCGACGACAUGACGGCUUCUGGGUAUUGCUAUAACAACAACAUGUACUACCUGGUCUACCCUCACGAAUCACCGAACAACGACUGCGAGACGAAUGGAGACGGUGUUCGGACGUGCGGAAGCUAUGUAUUUGGGGCAGUGCCGGGCAUCAAGUCACUGGACGGCACGUUCGGCGGCAUCACCCUCGCGGACCUCAUCGUCGGCGCCGUCAGGACGUAUGAGCAGAACGGGAAGCAAAACGGCGGCGGCGUCGCGGAUCCCGCCAAUUCGGGCACCUUGGAAGACAUGUGGAACCAGGACAUCACGACGCCGGGAUACGUCACGAUCCCCGUCUGCAGCCCUGCCACGGCAGAUGCCGCGAUCAGUGCUAAGCAGAGCAGCGUGCCCAACUACCCGUGCAACCCACUGCAGGCGAUCAGCGACUGUGGCGAUUCAACGUUCGUCGACCAGACCACCAGUGGGUCCCCGACCAUCGCCGACUGCCAGCAGAUCAUAAAGAACAUCCAGAACACACUGGGCGAGUGGGAGGUGGAGAAUGCCGUCGAGGAACAGCACCAGCUGGUGCAGUACGGCACCUGCAAAUUUGGCGUCCAGGGCAAAGCCAUCAACGGCAACGUCGACUUCCACGUCGGCGCCCAGGACAUUAUCGACAUCAUCAACACGUCGAUCCAAAAGUUUUCCUGGAACGGUUUGGUCAGCGCCAAGGGCGAGAUGGGCUGCAAUGGCAACGUGAAGCAGCAGUCGGUGGAAUGGGGUCUUUACUGAGCUCGCCCCCAAAUCCACAAGUUACGAUCCAUUGAAUGGGAUCAUGAUAUAUUUCUGUAAACCAUCCUUUCAGCUAGUCAUCUCAUAUGUUUAAAUUCUUUUGUGCUCAAUUAGACUAUGAAGUGAGCGAAUCCUGUUAAUAGCGUCAAUCGCAAAUCC